GCCUGAGCAAGGUGACGGGUGUGCUGUUGCUGCAUCGGCGUAACUCGCCAAGAGAGGUGACUUCAAUGAAUGUGGUCGUGGGGACCCUCGUGGCGCUUGCGGCCUGUAUGGGCGUCCACGGCCAGUCCCUCGAGUCCAAGGACCUGAUGCACAGAGCUGUCUUGGACCAGGAAGGCAAAUACGUCAUGCUGUGGACGCCGCGGGACGAGGAAAUCGUCAUCGAAGUGCAGGUGGCGACGAAGGGGUACGUGGGCCUCGGGUUCUCCCCCAACGGCGGGAUGCGGGACGCCGACAUCGUGCUCGGCUGGGUGUCGGACGAGGGAAAGGUUGCCCUGGAGGAUCGCUUCGCCACAGGCAACUCGGAGCCAAGGAAGGACAAGCUGCAGAGCGUAACGCUGCUGGCAGGGUACGAGAACGACACCCACACCGUCCUGAGGUUCUCCCGGCCGUGGGUCACCUGCGACGACGAGGACCUCGAACUCUCGGGCGACACGGUGCGGGUCAUCUGGGCCUUCGGCAGGGACGACGAGAUCGAGUGGCACAAGCGGCGCGGGACCAGGAGUAUGUACCUCCAGGAGCCGCAGUUCUCGCUCCCGGACUUCGGUGACGAUGUUAAGACGUGGGAUCUCGUCAGCGACAAUAUCAGCCUACCAGAUGACCUACGCACUCUGUACUGGUGCAAAAUUUUCAAGAUGCCCAACAUUGCACAGAAGGCCCAGAUCAUCGGGUACCUCCCAAUUAUUCAAGAGGGAAACCAUCAGUUCGUCCACCACGCCGUCCUCUACGAGUGCAAUCUGCCAGACAGCGCUCGUCACUUUGAGAAAUGGCUGGACGUCAAGGGCGCGCAGUGCCACAGCGCCAGCAUGCCCCUGUCCUGGAAGCGGUGCACGAUCCCGCUUUUCGCCUGGGCUGUCGGCGGCGACGCAUUUGGUUCCCAUAAUGGUUCUAUGAAUGAUACCCAAGAGUUUACAGAUUUGGAGAAAUGCUGCCAGACCACGUGGGGUUUCCCGAUGGGGGAGGAGCACGGCGGAUCGACUUAUUACCUCAUGGAAAUGCAUUACGACAACCCCAACCUGGAGACAG